GUAUCGGGAAAUCACGGAGGAAAAAUAAACUCAGGUCGACAGGAGAGAGAAAUAAGUUUGUGAAAACUGAGAGAUUGAGUCCAAAAUCUUGUAAUUAACAUGGUAUUAAGAUGGAGGUAGUUCCACCCAGUACAGCAAGCAGUGUUCCAGAUGCUGAGAAGGAAGGGAAUGGAGAGCAGCACAAAGCCUUUCUGUGGUCAAUCCAGGAAGCUGCAGAGAGGCAUACAGUCCAGAUUGGGGUUUCAGCUUGUGGUGCUACAGCAGUGGUGGAUGUGCUCCAGGCUCUGGGGAUUAUGGUGGCACCAGAAACAGCUGACCGCAGUGUCCAGACUAAGUUGAGGAGGAAUAAUUCCCCAGUGCCCGAUUACCUUCACUCACGCAGCGAAGCAGGUGCUACACACAAUCAGCUGAUAGAUGGAGCAAAGGAAGCAAGUGGCGGACGAGUGCUGGGCAGAUUCUUUGGGUUCUACCCAGCAAGGCAGGUAAAUUUGGUGCCUUGGCUAGCCCACUGGAUUCGGCAUACAGCUGUACCUGUAGCCACCAUGAACAUGCAGCGUGGAGUGGCAGAAGGUGAAGAGAUCCCUGACGCCUGGCAUCAUCAAAUGAUAUUUGGGGUGGCGCCAAAUGCUGUUUUCAUGACGAAUCCACUGGAUGUGGUGACUGAAGAGGAGUUACAUGUGCGUCUGUGCAGUGAAUCUGUGUUGCUGAUACGUCGUGACGAUGUCUUAAAGAGAGUAACAGCAGACUCUCCUCUUUCACUGAUCUCAGACCUUGAAAGCGAUCCCCGCUGGAAAACUCUUAAUGUGGAAGGUACCAUAAAAGCUGUUCUUUCAGGCCUUCCAGGAUUAUUGCCAACCUUAAUAGAGAUGAGCAAAGAUAAUUGUAUAAAUGGUGUACACAAUUUUGUAAUUUUCCACUCAAACAAUACAGUAAAGGUGAUGAUACACGGGGCAACUUUUCGGGCAAUGUUGCCAGGCAAUGUUGCUGGCAACGGGCAACCAAGUGAGACACAGGGCAACUAAUUAGGGCAAGAGACAAUUGGCAACAACCAAUCAGAUAAGAGCAAAUCUAUUACCAGGGAAACAGACACUGCAAAGACGGACACUGAAACAUUUGCAGCUGUCACUUUUGUCUUGGCUUUAGCCUUUAUUUCGCUCAAGUAUCACUUCUGGAACAACACUGAAUAGAUACUCUGGUCAAAAGAUAAUUUGCCAUUAUUUUAACAUUUAUAAGUCAAAAUAACCACGUUAUUCUGUUAAUAAUGAGCACUUUUUAAAUCUCUUUAAAAAUGCUACUAGCCUCAAUCACAUAUGCUAUAACUAAUAACUGACACAUACACCACAAAAACAUGAUGGCAAAAACAUAAUCGUUUAAUUCUCAUCUCAGCAAAAAAGAAAAAAGGACAUGGACCAAGAGAUGGCUGCUGAGGAGGAAAAGGGGCUGACAGAGUUCCUGAAAGGCUUUCUUUUUUAGAUCCCGAAGUUUGUACUGUUUCACCCUCAGGUUCCACAGGUAGUCAUUCUCUGUAUGUGCAAUUAGAUCAGAUGAUAAGUUCGACAAUCUCUAUUACAACUCACACACAAAAAAAAAAAAAAACUAUGGGCUGCCCAUCACUUUUAACUUGAUGCAAGAGAGCUCACGUAAUCCCUACAUAGCUAGUGAUAACUUUCCCUAACAACAGUUUACACUUAGCUGAAAAAAAUCUAUUUUUUAAUUACAGCCUGAGCACAUAAAAAUAGAUGUCGGUUUUGUCAGCAUUUGAUGAAGUAAAUUCACCACUUUAGGUUUACACAUAACUUACCGGCAUAAAAAGAUAUAAGUUGUCUCUCUUUUUCUUCGCUCCACUGCCAGAGACGCUGCCAUCUUUGUUGAAAUUUUCAGAAGCUCUCAGGUGGUCAUGUGAUUCGCUGCUAGCACUCUGAUUGGAUGAUCUUAAAAAGUUGCCCAAAAUGAUCAGAAUUGUUCAGAUAGAAAUUAUGUUGCCCAAUCUCAGUGGGAAAGUGUUGAAGCACAAUUGCCCAGCAGUAUUGUCCAAAAAGUUGCCCCAUUUAUCAUCAGCCUAACACUGAUGAUACACGGGGCAACUUUUUGGGCAAUGUUGCCGAGCAAUGUUGCUGGCAACGGGCAACUAGGUGAGACACAGGGCAACUUUUCAGGGCAACAACAGUUAGCAACGGCAGUUUACAGUUAGCUAAAAAAAAACCCGAUGUCUUAAUUUUUGCUGUGACCAUUUAAUCAAGCUGUCUGUUGUUUUUUAGAGCUUUGGUGAGGUAAAUUCCUCCAUAUAGAAUAUUAAAAUGACAACUUACCGGCGUAAAAACAGAUGAGGAGUCUCUCCAUCUCUUCACUCCACUGACACUGAGCGGCCGCCAUAUUUGUUUGAAAUUUCUGAUCCGAACCUCACCGGAGGUCACAUGACUCGACACUCGCGUUCUGAUUGGCUUAUCUCAAAAAGUUGCCAGAGAUUAUCAAAACCAUUCAGAAAGAAAAAUGUUGCCCAAUCUCAAUAGAAAAGAUUCAAAACGCAAUUGCCCAGCAACAUUGCUCGGCAACAUUGCCCAAAAAGUUGCCCCGUGUAUCAUCACCAUGAGACUACCUACCUAAAGAUCUAAAAAGCUACCUAGCUAGAAUAAAAAUACAGGUAGUUGUCGACUUACGACCUAUGCGACUUGCGACCGAUCGACUUUACGACCAUCUGGUUAUGACUGGCAAGUGUUUCCCAGCUGAGCUAGCUGAGCGUACGACAGUUUCUGCCCCAGCUCCCGGCAGCGCCUCUCGCCGUGUACAACAGUUUCCGCCCCAGCUCCAGGCACAUGCGCAGUCUCCCUCGCGCACUCCGUCAUACAGUUUCCGCCCCAGCUCCAGGCACAUGCGAAGUCUCUCUCGCGCUCCCUCGCACACUCCGUCAGACAGUUUCCGCCCCAGCUCCUGGUUUAUGAAACGAGCAAAUGCUCCCGCCAGCCCGAGCGCUGCAACAGCUGAUGAUGACGUAGACGACCCACAGCCAAGCAUCAGUGAUGCCAGCGGUCACUAAAUUUUGUAUUUUGCUAUGUUUUACAUUUGUAUUUUGGUAUGUUUCAAACUAAAAUGUUUUCUAUUUUUCACACCUGUAUUUCGUAUUUUUUGUU